AUGAUAGUGUCGGUGGUAUAUGAAGACAUUGAGUCCCUAUUAGAAAGCCAUGAGAAUUGUGUCCAACUGUUA